AUGGCCGCCGCACCGACCAACCACAUGCUCCACUGGGACAUAAAGUUCCAGGUGGCAUUCGACACCCUGUGUGCAGCGUUCUGGGCCCAGAUUGAGUCCCGCCAGCAGCAACCCACACUCACCUCAGCUAAGCCCACGGAAGCCCCAAGCACUCCCUGUACCUCCAUAAGGCCGAGAGCCAAAAAGAGCAAGCACCCCUCGCAGCAUACACUAGUGGUAAAGUGUCCUUGCAGAGCCCCAACACGGAUACAUGCUCCCAGAUGGGGACCUCGGCGACCUCACCUACCUGCAUGCGGCUCAUGCACGCAGGCAACCCAGCACUCCCCAGCAUCACGAAGACUCAGCCUGCCUGUAGUGAGAAGAGCAUGUAACAUUGAACGCUGGUUGACAGCAACGAGAGAUACAGCCUAUGAUGGUCCUGAAGACACAGACCACCUGCCUCAGCCUGGCCUCCUGGCUAAAGGCAUUUGA